GUUUUGACUGGCUUGUAAUUCACCCUUGUGCAAGAAAAAUGUUGAGAAAUACGAAUUAUGCCUUCGUGCUUUCUUCAGAAACCCCGCAUUCAUCUGUUGAAGAAAUGUUUGCAAAAUGUUAAAGUAGUCCUUCACUCAAUGCCCAGUUUUAUCGAGAAUUCAAACACACACGUUUGUUCGAUAUGCAGGCACUGGAGAAGGGAUGGGGAAAAUGCUCCUCCAGCUGGAUCACUCAUCACUCCCCUGACCCCAGUCCCCUGCAAUAGCUCAACUGAUGGCACCUUCCUGAAACUGCUAGCUGCAAAACCACCAUGCAAAUACAUACAAAGCAGCUUGUGUAUUGGGUUGGUUUGUUGUUUCUAGCCAUUUAGUGAAGAUGAGAUUCUCCCCAAAACUGUGAAACGGUGUGAGAGAGGAUACCACGGAAGAAAAUACAAGACGACCGAUCGGACCCGACUGUUAAUCUCACUAGAACUCUACAAAAAUGCCUGAGGUUCGGGAACUUUCUGAAGCUUUGCCAGAGAUGCCCAUGGACCCAAUCACUGGAGUUGGAGUAGUAGCUUCCAGGAACAGGGCUCCCACUGGAUAUGAUGUGGUUUCAACAACAACAGAUGGCCUUGAUGCUGACCUGUGGAAAGACGGUCUUUUCAAAUCCAAGGUGACCCGCUACCUCUGCUUCACCAGGGUCUUCUCUAAAGAAAACAGUCAUUUAGGCAAUGUUCUUGUGGAUAUGAAGCUGAUUGAUAUAAAGGAUACAUUGCCUGUGGGUUUCAUUCCGAUCCAAGAGACUGUUGAUACUCAGGAGCAGGCCUUCAGGAAGAGGCGACUCUGCAUCAAGUUUAUUCCACGGGACUCUACAGAGGCAGCCAUUUGUGACAUCCGCAUCCUGGGGCGCUCCAAGCAGGCCCCUCCCCAGUACACCUUUAUAGGAGAACUCAACAACAUGGGAAUCUGGUAUCGCAUGGGGAACGUACCUCGGGCCCAGGACUCUACACACACACCAACAACCAACAAUAUCCAGACUGUGAACUCCUCCUCCAGCACUGCCCCACUCCCAACAGCUCCUAUGCCCAAGCAUAUUUCUAUGACUCUCCCAGCCAGCUUCAGAGGGAAGAAUACCACCAGGCCAGACUAUGAGCACCAAAACUCCAACCUGUAUGCCAUCUCAGCUAUGGAUGGAGUGCCUUUCAUGAUCUCUGAGAAGUUUGCUUGUGCCUCGUCAGAGCUGCAGCAGGUAGAUCUGAUGGGCAUUACAAUCAAGUCACUGGCCGAGAUUGAGAAAGAGUAUGAUUACAGUUUUCGCACAGAGCACAGUGCAGCUGCUCGCCUCCCCCCCAGCCCAACACGGACCUCGCUGAGCUCUGAGGCCUGAAGACACCCCCACCCCCCGACCCCACCCUAAAAAACACUCUCCCAUAUGGAUGCCAGCAGGAGAGACUUGUACACAACUACUGAGGACCUCCCCAAAACAGUUCCCGACACCUGUAACUGACAAGAAAAACAAAACAACAGAAAGAUUCCGUGUGUCCAGCUGAAACCACUAUGUACAACAUCGAUGAGCUGGCUUAUGAGAGGAAAUUGCCCGUUGUUGGACAAAAGAGACCUUUCUUGCUCAAGAAAACGGAAACGGAUCUCACUCUUAUACAAUACAUUUCUUUUCCCAAUCAGUCCUAAGUAUUGUUCUCUGUAAUACAAAUCACCACUCCCUAUCUGAAGGACUUACAGACAUGGUAAAAGGAUACUUUAUUCUGAUGGAGAGCACCUGUUAAGACUUUUUUUUUUUUUUUUUUUAUGAAAUGGGAUGAGAGUCUGUGCGCAACCAUAUUUGCCUUCUGUGUUAAUGAUACACCUGCUGUUUGGUCAUUGGCCUGAAUCAAGGUACCUGGAGGGUGUGAAGGUGUAAAGGAAAAUGUCAUGCCAUGGGAUUUUUUUUUUUCAAGAGUAUGCUGUUGCUCUUGAUUGGGAAUCAUUUUCAUUGUUCUCUAGAUGUUACUGCAAUAUACUGGUGUGACUGUGAGUGCAGUUUGUGUUUGGGAAUUUUAAUGUGUGCAUCCUGUUCACCACAGUUAUUCUAUUAACCACUCCUUCACUGUCUGUUUAUGUGAGCCAGUAUUUUAGCUUCCAUAUAGAGCCACUGUUACUGUUUAAACGUUGGUAAACCAUGAGAGAGGUUACUGUUUUAUAAUUUUUGUUGAGUUAAUCUAAUGUCUGCUACUUUUUUAGGGCUGGGAACCAUUAUUUUCAUAUUAUUGAUGAUACCUUAUUUUGAAUAUCUCGGAUGGAAAAGAGGACAGUCUGUUUUAACUUAUACACCCCUUCACAUGUUAAAACAAUCUAUGGCACAUUUGAGUCCUUUAGUCCCAGUACAAGUCAUUGCUCCAUCAUCCUCAUUGAGCCUAUGGGAAAAACAAUAUUAGAUUGUUCUUGUUUGUUUGGGGUUUCUUUAUCCGUAUCUUGGCAUCUAAGCUUUUGUUACUUGAAACAUUUCAAUCACUACAAAAGAAAGUGUUCAGGUUUGAUACCCAGCCCUACUUUCUUUACGUGAUCAGAAUGUUCUCCACUAUUUUAAGCCACUUUUGUAAGCACAACACGUACAAACAAAAAGGUUGCAGGGUGUCAUAAAAUUAUAGUCCAUUCUUCAUUAUGCAAGAGCAAAGGCAAACUUGUUAAGUAGAAAUACUUUUUUGACUACUUUGAGUCUGUUGUGCCUACAGUAAUAAUGAUAGAUUUUUAAUUCAGCUUGUUUCCCCCUCUACUCCUUUUUUUUAAAAAACAAACUUUCUCUUAGUUUGAAUCUAUCCUCAUAGUCUGUUACUUAAAUUUAACUCUUAUUUUGUAGCUCUUUGACAUGCGAAGACCAUUUUCAGCUCAGAGCCAUUACAGCAUUCAGUUCUAAUGGGAUGGGUGGAACUUUGAGACUAAAAAAGGGGGUUCAGUUCCAGGGUCUCACAAGGAGAGGAACUUUGUGAACUAGAUGGCCUUUUCACCAAUAGUCAGCGUUCCCCAGCCACACAUGCGUAGAGCAACAAUACUGGAUGUAGCCGCUUGAAGGGGCUGGCAUGGAACCAGUUUUGGCUGUCUCACAGUGGAGAUGUUUCAGAUGACUAAAAAUGUGGUGCAGGAAUCUACCCCCAGCACUGACCAUUCAUUGGUGCAAAGAUCCCGUGAGAAAACAAAUGUAGUUCUUCAAGAAUUAUGACCAAGAUAUGUAGUGAGUGGAUCAUUUAUGCUAUGUAAAAUAAAAACAACAACAAAAAAAACACCAUAUAUCAGUGCUCUCUGCUGGACAAACUAAUGUUAACAUGGUUUCUAAAAGACCUCAAACCCAUGUCUGACAUUUGUUGUUACUAAUGAACAAACAUAUGCUACAGAAUAUAUAAGAAAUCCUCAAAUACUGAGCCUCAUCUCCUGUUUUAUAAAUAUAUUUCAUCAUGUUCUGUUUUCAGAUCUGCUCCUGUUUGAAUUUGCUGUUAAUGCAAUCUUAACAAUCCUCCAUGUUUAUCUGUUGUUUACACCAAGAACCAUAUUAUACUCACCACUGUGCUGCUCCUCUCUCACCGAAGUACUGCUUUCAUUCACCUAUUUUCAGUCAUGCGUUGCCUCUUUGAGUUCACUCCAGCCAGAUGUCUGUUUAUUCAGUGCAACGUUUCCUUUAAGUUAAUACAGUAUUGUUUUGAAAAGCACCAAGGACUUUAGCGAACACCAGUGACUCCAUUUUAUUUUGUUUAUUUCACACCAUUUCAUAAAAUGGAUGUUAAAAGAAAAUAUUUUCCAAGUGUCUCUGUAAUAUUAUCAAAUUCUAAAUGCAUGGAUUAACUCCUUUUAAUUUCUAGUUUUGUUUGUCUAAUUUAUUUGUGAUUUCAGUAUUGUGAGUCUUUUGUCCUAAAAAAUCUUUGUUGUUUUAAAGAAAUACCACAUAAAAUUGUCAAUCACACUGCUGACAUCUUUGACGAGGGAUGGAAAGACAGACUCAUGUCCAUGUGAAGCUCUUUGUAUUUGAGCUGACUGCAUUGGCUUGCUCUGCUAUAUGCUACUCACGUAUCAUUACACAGAUGUGGUGUUUACUUUCAGCCAGUUUUGCUGAAACAUUUAAUAGCUAACUAAUAUAAUGUAUCCACAUUAACAACAAAUAGGAAUCCUGCUUUGAUAUGUCUGUUAGUUUGCAUGUGUGGUCAUGAGAUGUCGGAGGUUUCAAUAGAACAGUUAUUUUUGUAGUUUGUUAUUGAUCAAAAGUCAGCUUUUGUCUCAUGAAUAGUUUUUUUUCUUUUUCAGUAAACACACAAAAUGGCGUCAUUUGAAGUUGUAUCAUAAAGUUUUAUUAAACUAUGA